AUGCGUAGCCGAUUUAUUUGUAGCGACGCCGACGACGGAAUCGUAAACACCGUUGAUUCAGCCGGCGAAACAAUGGAAAGUGAAACAAUUCAGGAGGAGCUUCAGAGUUUAGAGCUCGAGCUUAAGGAUGUUCAAGGUCAGAUAAGUGCUUUGAUCGAGCACCAAGACAGAUUGUACGAGAGGAAGUCUGAGCUGAAGACAUUGUUAAAAGCAGUAGCAGCUUCAUCAACCCCUGUUGCUGCAUCUGGCGGCUCCUCGAGCGCUGUAGAGAAUUGGUCUGAGCCAUUCGAGUGGGAUUCUCGUGCUGAUGAUGUUAGGUUUAACAUUUUCGGCAUAUCCAAGUACAGAGCCAACCAGAGGGAAAUUAUUAACGCUGUAAUGGCGGGAAGAGAUGUCCUUGUGAUCAUGGCGGCUGGUGGUGGGAAGAGUCUUUGCUAUCAGCUUCCGGCUAUACUUCGCGGUGGUACAACACUUGUCGUCAGUCCUUUACUUUCACUGAUUCAGGAUCAGGUUAUGGGUUUGGCUGCUCUAGGGAUAUCAGCCUACAUGCUGACUUCUACUUCUGGCAAGGAGAAUGAGAAAUUUGUGUACAAGGCACUUGAAAAGGGUGAGGAUGACCUGAAGAUACUGUAUGUAACUCCGGAGAAGGUAUCGAAGAGCAAAAGAUUCAUGUCAAAGCUUGAAAAGUGUCACAACGCUGGUCGCCUCUCUCUGAUUUCAAUUGAUGUAAGUCAUUUCCUGGAGGCUCAUUGUUGUAGUCAGUGGGGCCACGAUUUUCGCCCUGAUUACAAGAACCUAAGCAUUCUGAAAACUCAGUUUCCCAAAGUUCCCGUGGUGGCUUUGACGGCAACUGCUACACAGAAGGUCCAAAAUGAUCUGAUAGAGAUGCUGCAUAUUCCUAAAUGCGUCAAAUUUGUUAGCAGUGUUAACAGGCCAAACCUCUUUUACUCGGUUCGAGAAAAGUCGCUGGUUGGUAAAGUUGUGGUCGAUGAAAUUGCAGAAUUCAUACGGGAAUCAUAUUCUAACAAUGAAUCUGGAAUAGUCUAUUGUUUCUCUCGCAAGGAGUGUGAACAGAUUGCAGGUGAUUUACGAGAGAGAGGGAUCUCUGCUGAUUAUUACCACGCAGAAAUGGAUGUAAAUAUGCGCGAAAAAGUUCAUAUGCGAUGGAGUAAGAACAAGUUGCAGGUCAUUGUUGGAACAGUUGCCUUUGGCAUGGGAAUCAACAAGCCUGAUGUCAGGUUUGUCAUCCACCACAGUUUGAGCAAAUCAAUGGAGACUUACUACCAGGAAAGUGGUCGUGCUGGUCGUGAUGGCCUCCCAUCUGAGUGCGUCCUCUUUUUCCGUUCGGGCGAUGUUCCUAGGCAGGCAAGGAUCAAUUUUACUAGUUCCAUGGUAUUCUAUGAGUAUUCUGGUCUGCAGAACCUCUAUGAUAUAGUACGAUAUUGUCAGUCUAAAACAAAAUGUCGUCGAAGUGCUUUUUUCCGUCAUUUUGGGGAGCCAUCACAAGAUUGCAAUGGAAUGUGUGACAACUGUGCCUUGUCUAGUGGGGUCAAGGAGGUUGAUGUAUCGGACCUAGCCAAGCUCGUGGUUUCUAUGGUGCAAGAAAUGCAAGCCAAGGAUCAAAGAGUGACAAUGUUACAGCUGGGUGACAAACUCAGAGCUAAGCACAAGGAUCUAAGUGCUGAGCUAAAGAGAGAAGAGAUAGAACAUCUCGUGAUAAAACUGAUUGUUGACUCGGUAUUGAAAGAAGAAUUCCAACACACACCAUACUCGACUAACGCUUAUGUAACCAUGGGACCGUUGGCAAACCAAUUGUUGCAAGGAAGAAAGACGAUCAAAACAGAAACCUCAAGCAGACAAAUCAACAAGAAAACAAAAAGAACAAUUUCAUUUUCCGGGUUUUAUUGGUUGGAUUUGCAGUUGGAGAGUAUUAUAGGAAAACUGAAAACAGAGAAGUAUGGAGACAGGAUUCUUGAAGUAGUGAUGAGACACAAUGCAGUCUCUGAACAAGUUGUUGAAGAUCCAACAAAGGGGGAUACAUGUAAAAGCAGAUCAAGUAAGAGAGCUAGGACACAGAAGAAUGUUGUUUUGGUAGAAAGCAGCGAAGAUGAAGAAGAAGCUUUAUAA